AUGGGUGCUCCGGUGAGCUGGGGAAGCAAAAAGCAGUCAAGUGUGUCGCUGUCAACAAGUGAAGCUGAGUACAUUGCACUAAGUCUGGCGAUUCAAGAAGGCAAGUGGGUGCAUCGAUUGCUGUGCGAGAUUCUGGAUGCCGCAGAGGACAAGUCUGGACCCGAGCUCAAGAUCAUGGAAGACAACCAGUCGUGCAUCAAGAUGACGAAGAAUCCUGUGAACCAUGGUCGGGCCAAGCACAUCGACAUCAAAUACCACCACAUUCGUGAUGAAGUCAAGCGUGGUGAUGUCAAGUUGGAGUACUGUGAGACUACGACUAUGUUGGCGGACAUCAUGACGAAGGGACUGCCAGGACCGCGUCACAAGGACUUGACGGCAGCGCUCGGCAUACACGCGUGUUCGCAUUGA